AUGGAGAAGACGGGAUAUAAGCCGCGUCUCCCCUCUCUCAUCAUGGGCAACGUAAGAUCGCUGGCUAACAAGAUGGACGAGCUUACAGCGUUAGUCAGGAGUCAGAGAGAGUAUCGGGAAUGCAGCCUAAUGUGCUUUUCAGAGACAUGGCUACACCAGGAUAUUCCAGAUGACAACGUUUCCAUUGAUGGUUUUCAAACUAUUCGAGCUGACCGGAGCUACACUGAGAGCGGUAAGCGCAGAGGAGGAGGGCUAGCUGUUCUAGUUAAUAACCGCUGGUGUAACCCUGGCCACAUUACCAUCAAGGAACGUGUGGGUUGCCCGGAUAUCGAGCUGUUGGCUGUGGGACUGAGGCCAUAUUAUUUACCAAGGGAGUUCUCCCAUGUUAUUAUUGUGGCUGUUUACGUCCCCCCCUCUGCCAACCCGACGUCGGCGUGUGACGUCAUUCACUCAACAUUAGCGUGUUUACAAACUCAACACCCAACUGCCCUUAUUGCAAUUUCAGGUGACUUCAAUCAUGUCACCAUGGAAAAGACACUCUCAAACUUCACCCAGUAUGUGAACUGUCCCACCAGAGAGGAGAGAACACUGGACCUGCUGUAUGCUAAUGUUAAGGAUGCAUACAGCUGCUCCCCCCUCCCCCCUCUAGGGAGGUCAGACCACAACUUGGUGAAGCUCAGCUCCCGCUAUGUGCCACUGGUGAAAAGUCAGCCUGUGACCACACGGUCAAUUAAGGGAUGGUCUGACAACACUUAUGAAGCACUGCAGGACUGCUUUGAGGUGACAGACUGGCCGGCACUCUGUGAGCCUCAUGGACAGGACAUCGACAGGCUCACAGAAUGCAUCACAGACUACAUUAACUUCUGUGUGGACACCAUUGUUCCUACCAGGAUUGUAAAAUGCUACCCAAACAACAAGCCGUGGGUAACAAAGGACAUUAAAGCACUUCUCAACAAUAAGAAGAAGGCCUUCAGGGCUGGCAACAGGGGAGAGGAAGAGGCCCUGGGGCAGACCGAGGACACACUGAAGAGACUUUAUCUCUCGGCUGGCCUGGGAACACCUUGGGCCCCCCCUGGACAAACUGGAGGAGGUAGCUGGGGAGAAGAUCUGGGAUCUGCUUAG